AUGGUGAGUGAAGCGUUUGGGCUGAUACAAACCCCCCUCACACUGCUCCCCGGCCAGAUUUUAAAGCUGGUUUUCCUGUUUUCUCUCCUUCUCCUUUCCACGCUCCAGGCAAAAUUUCUGUCCCAGGAUCAGAUUAAUGAGUUCAAGGAAUGUUUUUCCCUCUACGACAAGAAACAAAAAGGGAAGAUAAAGGCCUCGGACCUGCUGGCAGUGAUGCGGUGCCUGGGAGCCAGCCCCACGCCCGGCGAGGUGCAGAGACACCUCCACUUGCACAGGAUCGACAAAAACGCAGAGCUGGAUUUCUCCACUUUCCUGAAUAUCAUGUACAGGCAAAUGAAGCAAGAGGAACCCGAGAGGGAAAUCCUCACCGCCCUGUCCAUGAUAGACAGGCAGAAGAGAGGCAUCAUCACCAUCUCGGAGCUGAAAGCCAAGCUUACAAGACUAGGAGAGAAGCUCUCCGAGGAAGAAGUUGAUGACCUGCUCAAAGCAGCCAAAGUUGGACCAAAUGGAACAAUCAAAUAUGAAGAAUUUGUCCACAAGAUUUGUCUUCCAACAGUCGACUACUAG